GUGCUGGAGGACAAUGACUACGGUCGCGCUGUGGAUUGGUGGGGCCUGGGCGUGGUCAUGUACGAGAUGAUGUGCGGUCGGCUGCCCUUCUACAACCAGGACCAUGAGCGGCUGUUUGAGCUCAUCCUCAUGGAGGAGAUCCGCUUCCCCCGGAACCUGGCCCCCGAGGGAAAGGCACUGCUCGCAGGCCUGCUCAAAAAGGACCCCAAGCAGAGGUACGUCGGGGUGGGGUUGGGAUGUAGGUCUGUGUGACUGUUUGACUGGCCUGCUCAGUAAGUACACCAUUUGUUUUAGUGUGUGUUCGGCUGGGUGUCUGCUCAAGAAAGGUGUGUGCGCUCGCGCAUGAUUGCGGCCUGCCAACACAGUCCCUAAUGCAGUAGAAUAUACUGUUGAGAUGCAAGCUGGGGUCUCUGAUAUUCUGUUGUUUAUUGACAGGUUAGGGGGAGGACCGGAUGAUGCCAAAGAUGUGAUGUCCCACAAGUUCUUCACCUCCAUCAAGUGGAAGGAUGUGGUAGAUAGGAAGGUGAGUGAAUGGAGGCUGAUAGAUUAGCGGUACUGAUAGUGUCAGUCAAAAAAUGGUGGCAUUCCAGGUCAUUUUUUUGGCAGUUGCAGUUUGACAUCAACUGCUGAAUGACUGAUCACCAAAUGACCUUGCAUCAUCAAUAAGUCAAUUGUCCGAGCUAGAACGCCCCAUAGGGCAGGAGACUAUCACCUGUUUCUGUAGCGUGAGGCAGCUUGAUGUAGAAGUACACCUCGUGCACCCCCUGGACAGGGCGCUAGUAUAUCGCAGGGCCUAAAGCCGAAUCCUUUUCCUUAAUGCUGAGUGCCAAGCAGAGAGGAUCCUGAAUCCUUUUCCUUAAUGCUGAGUGCCAAGCAGAGAGGAUCCUGAAUCCUUUUCCUUAAUGCUGAGUGCCAAGCAGAGAGGAUCCUGAAUCCUUUUCCUUAAUGCUGAGUGCCAAGCAGAGAGGAUCCUGAAUCCUUUUCCUUAAUGCUGAGUGCCAAGCAGAGAGGAUCCUGAAUCCUUUUCCUUAAUGCUGAGUGCCAAGCAGAGAGGAUCCUGAAUCAUUUUCCUUAAUGAUUGCAAUAUGUUCAGAGACUCUGACGAUAACAUCAACAAGCUACAACAAUCACCUCCGUCACCGGCUUCAUAAGGAAAUGCAUCGGCGAAAGUUGUCCCCACAGUGAAGGUUCGCUGCUUCCCCAAUCAAAAUCCCUGGAUUAACACAGAGGUUGGCGCUAAACUAAAGGACAGGGCUACCGCACACAGGGCUAUCGCAGACAACCCUGAGGCUACUGCUGAGGACAGGAACAAGUACAAGAAGUCCCGCUACGACCUCCGCAGAGUCAUCAAAUGAGAAAAAGGACCAUAUAGGAAUAAAGUGGAAUCAUAAUACACAGGCUCCGACGCCCGUCGCAUGUGGGAGGGAAUACAGUCCAUUACGGAUUACAAAGGAAGACCCAGCCAUGAUCUGCCCCACGAUGCCUCUCUACCAGACGAACUCGAUGCAUUUUAUGCACACUUCAACAAUAACAAUAACACCAUACUGUGCAUGAGGGCCCCCACUGGGUAGACUGGGUGAUCUCGCGCUCUGAGGCCGACGUGAGUAAGGUCUUUAAUCAAGUCAACACUCGCAAGGCCACGGGGUUGGACGGUAUUCCAGGGCACAUUCUCAGAGCAUGCGCAGAUCAGAUUGCAGGCGUAUUUACAGUAAUUUUCAACCUCUCCUUGUCCGAGUCUGUAAUCCCCACGUUUUUAAAUUGACUACCAUCAUUCCUGUUCCCAAGAACUCGAAGGCUUCAUGCCACAAUGACUACCACCCUGUACCACCCUGUAGCACUCACAUCUGUAAUCAUGAAGUGCUUUGAAAGGCUGGUUAUGGCACACAUCAACUCCAUCAUCCCAGACACCCUUAGAACAGGGCUGCCCAACCGUCUCCUGGAGAUCUACCGUCCUGUGGGUUUUCAGUCCAACUGUAAUUUAACAACCUGAUUCUACUUAUUAGCUGCUCAACAAGACCUUAACUAGCUGAAUCAGAUAUGCUAAAUUAGGGUUGGACUGAAAACCUACAGGAAAGUAGAUCUCCAGGAAGAGGGCUGGGCAGCCCUGCCCUAGACCCACUCUAAUUUGCAUACCGCUCUAACAGAUCCAUAGACGACGCAAUCUCAAAUGCACGCCACACUGCCCUCACCCACCUAUACUGAACAAAAAUAUAAACGCAACGUAAAGUGUUGGUCCCAUGUUUCAUGAGCUGAAAUAAAAUAUCCCAGACAUUUUCCAUAUGCACAAAAAACGUAUUUCUCUAAAAAUGUUUGGCACUAUUUUUUUUAUAUCCAUGUUAGUGACAUUUCUUCUUUGCCAAGAUAAUCCAGCCACCUGACAGGUGUGGCAUAUCAAGAAGCUGAUUAAACCGCAUGAUCAUUACACAGGUGCACCUUGUGCUGGGGACAAUAAAAGGCCACUCUAAAAUGUGCAGUGCCAAGCAAAGAGGCAUCAGGUCCCAUUUUCAGAGUCUUUGGUAUGACUCAACCUAUCAAUCUCAGGGCGGACACUUUAACCACAAGGCCACAGAGCUGGUUGCAUCAUAGAUCGGUAUUAUUUGUAGAUGGCAGUCAAUCAAAAUUUACCCACAUUGCAUCACACAUUUGAUGCUCUCGAACUCGGCCAAUAUCAAUAUGAUUUACAAAUCUUCUGAGAUGGUAUAGGAAAGGUUAGUACUGGUACUGUGAUGUCUACUUCUGGACCAUUAGCCAAUCACUGCUCUCUCCAUCCUCAGCUGACUCCUCCCUUCAAGCCUCAGGUGACGUCGGAGACCGACACCCGCUACUUUGACGAUGAGUUCACAGCACAGACCAUCACAGUCACGCCUCCAGACAAGUGUGAGUUUGUGUGUGCGCGCGGUUGUAUGUGCGUGUGCAAGCGUUUUUAUUAGUGUGUAGCUAGGUUUUUCAUCCAAUUGGCGACAGAUGUUCACGCGAAUAUUCAAACAUUUGCAUGAAAAACAAAAGGAGCAUCAAGCUCAUCGUGCACUUUCACCACCCUGUGAAGUUCAUCAUAACCUAUUUCAUCUGUAGCCUAAAACUGCAUGCUUUCCCGAGUCGUAGUGACAUAUCAUUGUGACUCCAAGUUUAUUUCGAUAUGGAUAUUUGAGCAUAAAGGCGUUUCCACUGCAAUUUCUAGCAUAAUUAAUUUUACAGACACAAAAAAGAUCCUGCAAAACGAUAUCACGAUACUUGGGUGCCAAUACGAUAUGUAUUGUGAUUCUCAUGAUUCUAUACGUAUUGCGAUUCGAUACUGUGAUUUUAUUGCAAUUCAAUGUUACAAACAUAUUGCUCACCAUAUGUCUGCUGAAGAGAGACGAGAACAUGAGAAAAAAAGUUUUGUUCAGUCAGGUAAAUAAGUGCUGAAAACAAAUUGGCUCCCUAUUUAAAAAGAUGGAGAAAAAGCUAUGAAGGAAAAAUACUGGCGUUUUGGUGCAGGUACAGCAAACUAGCGCAAAAAGAAUAUUGCGACAUUGUCAAUACGAUACGAUAUAUCGUCAAAAAUAGUAUCCCGAUAUGUAACUGUGUAGAUAUAUAUUUUCCCCCCAGUACUAUUGUCUAGCGUAUUUAGUUUUGGCUACAUUUGUAAAGUUUACUGACAAAUUUGCUGUUUCGAUCAGGUCUGUCGUGACAUUUUUUAAUCCAACAUAUACUUUACUUGCAUAAAAAGGUUGGAGGGAAACUUGAUUUAUGACACAAUAUGCCACCAGCAGUGACGACGUUACUGCGCUGACACUGACUGUUUUCUCUGUUUUCCAGAUGACAACCUGGACUGUGAGGACCCCAACCAGCCAGCGCACUUCCCCCAGUUCUCUUACUCCGCCAGCAUACGA